AUGCCUAAUGGCUCGCGGGAUGGAGCCUUAUUUGAUGGAAGAUUCAUAGGCGUCAUAUUACUAGUGAUUGUAAAUAUAUUAUGGGUUUUAUCAGCUGAAAUUACUAGGUUCAUUUUUGUUGAUGAGGACUUCAAGCGUCCUUUCUUCACAGUUUAUGUUAAAACAUGCUUACUUUCUAUUUAUUUAUUAAAAUACUUUUGUUGUUCAAAGCCACCAGAGACUUACCAAGUGCUUGAAAAUAAUCUCUCCGAAGAAUCGUUCGACAUGGGCCAACAUACACUGGCAUUGGAAGGCUUUGAAACAGUUUCCGGAUCAGAUUCUGAAUUAGAUGAAGAUCUGAUCAAAAAAGAAAAGAAGAUUCGGUUCGCUUCUAAAAAAGAGGUCCGACGAUUGCCAUCUCAUGAAGCGGAUGAAGCACGUAAAGCUCGUUUGCCUUAUGCACGCUCUAUCUGUGAAUUCGAAGAUUUUUGUGUUUUAUCAACUCAAAUGAAGAAUAUACUUUUCGUCUUUGGACCCAUUUGGCUUGUAUCUUCUUUUACAUAUCAAGCUGGUCUACUUUUCACUUCAGUCUCGUCUUUAAACUUAGUGUCUUCGUCGUCCUCGCUUUUUGUGCUCGUCUUAAAUGCUUGCAUUCCUUCUUCGGGAUCAUCGUUUACCCUCUAUAAGGGAUUUCUUGUAGUCCUCAACAUUGGAGGAGUCGUCGCUGUUUCCAAGUUAUCAGCUAAUCUUACUGGUGUGAUGUUUGCCCAGAUCUCUGCUGUGGCUUAUGCCCUUUAUUUAACGCUCUACUCGCGAUACCAAGACAACCAUGGAGUGCUGGACAUGAACUUGAUGAUGGGUACAAUUGGAAUUUUGUGUGUCUUUAUUGGAUCUCCAAUAAUCUAUAUACUUGAUUCAGUUGGAUGGGAAUCGUUAUAUCCUUUACCUACACAGGAGCAGUUUGGAUCAAUUAUACUGUCGGCUAUCAUAGGUACACUCAUCGCUGAUUAUCUAUGGCUGUUGGCUGCCGGCUUGACAGAUCCAUUGCUUGCUUCUAUUUCUGUGACGUUGUCGAUUCCUUUGAGCUUCUUAGCUGAUACAGUUUUCCGACAACGGCCACCAAAUGCUGUUCAGCUUAUUGCUGCCAUACCCAUCGGCUUAUCGUUCAUCGGAGCAGCUUUAACAGAGACAGCCAGAAGGCCUACAUCCGGUAAUGGAGCUUCAGCCGCUGGCGGCAUUUCUAAUUUGGCGGGUGGAUCAAGUGCCGGUAGCAUAAUAGGCAAGAACUCAGCUCUCAUAAUACGUCGACGUGGAAGACAAGAUGAGGAAGCUGAAUCUUUGCUGGAGGAUGUGGAUGAUGAUGAUGAGUCAUAG